AUGGAAUAAUGUCUAGAAAACCAUGGGCUGUAGAGCUCACAGUUACCCAAAAACCACUGGCUCAUCACUUUCUAGCAACUCGGUUAUCUACUUUACUCUUCAGUGCCUAUAUAUAUUCAACCUUAGCCCCAAACAACAAACAUUAUCUCAAAUCAUCACAUUAUACUAAGAAUCAAAAGAAAAGAUCAGAGAACCAAAGCAGAAAAACAGAGUUAAAUUUUAGAAGAAACUAAAUCCACAAUGAGUUCAAGCAGGAGAGCAUGGAUAGUAGCAGCCAGUGUUGGAGCAGUGGAGGCCUUAAAGGAUCAAGCUGGAUUGUGUAGAUGGGAUUACCCAUUGAGGUGUUUGGCACAACACACAAAGAAUAACAUGAGAUCUUACUCUCAAGCUAAGAAACUUUCUUCUUCAAUAAGAGCAAAGAGUGAAAAGACAGAGCAAUCUGAAGAAUCUUUGAGGAAAGUUAUGUAUUUGAGCUGUUGGGGUCCAAAUUGAUUGUAAUUAAAUAGGACUUGUGUGUAUUUCGAAAAUUAUAUGAGAAAGCUGCAAUACAUUGUUGAUAUAUUUUUCGAUAA